AUGGAAUGGGGGUGUGCACAGGGCAGCAUUGAAGCUGUCAACAAGGCUGUAUCACUUGGUGCCGACCCCAAUCUUAUCGACAAGCCCACGAAGUCUGGACUCUUCCAUUCAACCUCAACUAUCGCCUUGGCUUUAAACCAUCCAGAUCUCGUCAAUCAUCUUUUCCGUCCUGGUGCAAACCUUCGACUAGCCUAUGUGUACGAGGACGUACAUCAAGAAAUCUUCCUGACAGAAACCACAACUCCUAAAGUCAUGUCUGAAUCGCUGUACGAAAGACCAGUUUAUCAGCCUGCAAGUCAACCUUGA